GGAUACAGAGAGUGCUGAUGGUAUACUGUAUGUCUCGGUCUCUGUGUCUCCUUCCAGUCGUCGGCCCCUGUCCCAGCUCUGCUGCCUCCACCAGGAGGUGUCACUCCAUCUAUAAGGGCUUCGCUCAGUGUCUGAUGGCUCUGGGGGACAGCCUGACUGAGAGUGCCCAGAAGGAUGAGGAUACACAGGAGAUACACACCAUCUGCAAGUAAGCACAGUCAUCUGUACACACGCAUCUGUGCACACGCAGACACACGCGCACACACAUGCACACGCACGCACACACACGCAAUCCUCUCAUCUUUAUGUUGUUUAUAAACACACACACUCCCACUCUGAAAUGUGUAAAUUGACGGAACACUGUGACCCAUAAUUCCAUCACCAUUGAAAGAUAGACUCCACCAUAUAUUUUCCUCUAUUUCAUUCCCUCCAGAUCUUUGUCCAUCUCUAUCGCUCUCUUUGUGGUAAUGCCCCACCUCUCUCUAACAUCCUGACAGCUCUUCCCAUUUGCUGGAGGCAUAGUGGAGUGCCUAAUUAAAGAUUGCGGGUCUCUCUUUACCCAUCUCCGCCUUCCAUUCUAUUUAUACAUGUGUCUGUAAUCCAUCUUAAUAUUAUACCUUCCCUUCUGGAAAUGUCUAGGAAUUUAUUGAGCAGUGAUGUCAUCGUCAUGGAAGACGCCUCUCCUUGCAUCACCCCAUCAAUAUCAACCCAUUCCCAGACAUGUUGUUGCAUCUGUAACCGGUGUGAAUUGGCUAGCUAGUUUGCGGUGCGUGCUAGUUGCAUUUCAAUUGGUGAUGUCACUCGCUCUUAGACCUUGAAGUAGUUGUCAGGGAGCAGUCACGGCUUUUGUGGAGCGAUAGGUAACAAUGCUUUGUGGGAGACAGUUGUUGAUGUGUUCUGAGGAUCCCUGGUUCGAGCCCAGGUUGGGGCAAGGAGAGGGAUGGAAGCAAUACUGUUACACAUCAAUGUAGGAAGGUCCUAUCGACAUCCUUAAGCCAGUUGCUGUUCAGUAUUGCGGGGCUGGAGACACCCUUGGAAUCUACAGGGAUAUAGUGGUCGUUACAAUGAUGUUGUUAUUUUGGUCAUAUUCCUUAACACUAGAAAACCCGGGCCUCGACGCACCCCCCUUUGAGAAAAUGAGCAGUCAUUUUGACUCAAACAUUCAGUCUAUAACAUUUCAUAUAUGCUAUCGGAAAAAUAAUCAUUUGGUUGUGUUUAUGAAGGUCUUGGGUAACAUCAGAAUAUGGAAAAAGUGUUAUUUAAAAGAACACAAUAGCAUUUUCUUUAGUUUAUGUUACUGUAGGCUAUCUGUUGCCACAUGCUCACCUGUGGAGCGCAUGGAACAGUGAUAAAUCUAAGAAAAUUGUAUAUUUUCAAAUAAUUUUGAGAGUUAUUUGGCAAUUAAUAGGGUUUUGGAAACCUCCAAACCUGCCCUUUCUGAGACUAUAUAGAAAUCAAAACGUCUUACCUGCAUGUGACUAUGUAGGAGGAUUUGAAAAGGUAACUUUUUGUCGCUCUAGGAAAAUGUUUUCCUCUUAAAACUGAUUAUAACAGAAAUUCUGUUGUGAUAUUGAAAUUCUUACAACAUACGGUACGUGUGUUAAAUUGACUUAUUAAGUUAUGGACGGAGGGGGCCAUGUGUAAGGGUUGGUGUGAGGUGUGACCCAGGUGCGGUGCAGGAUAUACAGUAGGCAGUAGGCAGAGAUGGUGAAACAAGGAUCUUUACUGGUAGUCCCGAAGCCAGAAUACAAUAUAACGGACUUCUCACGAUAAAAGAAAGGCGGAGCAAAUAAGUCUACAAAAACCGGCUGACAGCCAAAAUACGAAAUACUACCUAAGACUGAAACAAAUAACGAAACAGGGAGAACACUUCUCAAGUACCUGUUCAUAGGUCUCCAAUCAGACACUGUGUAGUACUGCUGGACAUAGAGAAACUAGCAGAGAAAACUGAGCAAGGGAACACAGGGAAGUGAGGGCAUAAAUACACAGGUGAACAGGUAGACACAGGAGACACCAAUGAGAUAAUGAUUAGUCCAGACUGUGAGUGAGGAGGUGCCUAAGGUUGUCGGAGGAUGACACCUAGUGGGUCGCUCCAGAACUGCGACCCCCUCCUGUAACAGGGCGAAACUGGGGCAGCAAUCAGGGCGUUGGCGACAAUGGGGUUGUCCCUAUCCACCAGGUCCACGGGGUCGAACUGCCGGGAGAGCGCGUCAGGCUUGGUGUUCUUCAACCCCGGACGGUAUGAGAUGGUGAACCGGAACCUGGUGAAAAACAACGCCCACCUGGCCUGGUGCGAGUUGAGCCUCUUUGCCCCCUGGAUGUAGGCUAAGUUCUUAUGGUCCGUCCAUACGAUGAAUGGAUGGACGGCCCCCUCUAGCCAAUGCCUCCUCUCCCCCAGGGCGAGCUUGACCGCUAGCAACUCACGGUUCCCCACAUCGUAAUUCCGCUUCACCGGGGACAGCCGAUGGGAAAAAAACGCAAAGGGGUGAGUCCCACAGCAAUGUCUGAAGCAUCCACCUCCACAAUGAACGGCAGGGACGGAUCAGGAUGCCCUAGGACCGGGGCCGAUGUAAAGCGCGCUUAAGCGCAUCAAAUGCGUUCCCCGCUUCCGGGGUCCAGGCGAAGGAGAGCACGCUCGUCUGGGUGAGGGCUGUCAGGGGAGCGGCUAGGGAGCUAAAAUUGCGAAUGAAUCGUCUAGAAAAAUGUGCAAACUGUACUGAACUUUGCCGCUGUAGUUCCUUGAGGGAUGAGGACUGGGGCCAAUGCAGUACCGCGCUGACCUUGGCUGGGUCCAUCCGUAGGUCCCCCUGGGUGACGAUGAACCCCAGGAAGGAGACUGUCUCUGUAUGGAACACGGCACUUCUCCGCCUUGACGUAGAGCUGGUGACGGAGAAGGCGUUGGAGGACCUGCCGAACGUGCUUCUGGUUUUCACUAAUGUCCUUUGAGAAUAUUAGGAUGUCAUCCAAAUACACGAAGAUGCUGUAGUCGAGGAGGUCCCGGAGCACAUCAUUGACCAACGCCUGGAACACUGCAGGCGCGUUGGCUGGACCGAACGGCAUGACUUGGUACUCGUAAUGCCCACUGGGUGUGUUAAAAGCCAUCUUCCACUCGUCACCCUCCCGAAUCCUCACCAGGUUGUAGGCAUUGCAUAAGUCCAGCUUGGUGAAGACCCGGGCUCCCUGCAACGACUCGAAUGCCGUCGUCAUCAGGGGGAGCUGGUAACGGUUCUUAACCGUGAUGUCAUCGAGCGCCCGGUAAUCAAUGCACGGCCGCUGCCCACCGUCCUUUUUCCCCACGAAGAAGAAGCCCGCGGGUGAGGUAGAGGGACAAGAAAAACAGUCGCCCUCGUGUGGGCAUGGCGCAUGGCAGGAGAUUGAUAGUGCAGUUGUAUGGCCUGUCAGGAGGUAGGCCCUUGGCACGCCUCUUACUAAACACCUCCCCCAGAUCCCAAUACUCCCGGCGAACGCCUGCCAGGUCUGGGCCGGUGACGUAGUCUGUAGCCGACUUCCUCCCAGUGGCCAUCGCCGCUAGGGCGGUAGGGAGAGCGGGACCUGGGGAAGAGGUGAGGGCUGGUAGGUGGUCUGGGAUGGUGGUUUGGGCUGAUGAGUGGUCGGUGGAGAUCGGAAUAGGAAGGAUGCGUAGCCUCCCUCCAUGAUGAGCCGCCCCGUGGACCAGUCUAUCCGGGGUUUGUGGGCGACCAGCCACGGGUGCCCGAGGACGAGGGGGCACUCCGGAGAGUCCACAAUGAAAACUGGAUAUCCUCCCAUAGCCCCCCCCCACCAGCCGGACACACACGGGUAUAGUGCGCCGGGUGAUGAAGCCCAACCCCAACGGCCAGCCGUCCAGUCCCAUGACCGGAACCGGCUCAGAGAGGGAAAGUAACGGAACGCUCCACCCUUGGGCCAGCACUGUGUCCAUCAGAUUUCCCGCGGCCCCAGAAUACACCAGUGUAUGCGCCCGACGUGCAGCGCAGGCCCACUGAACCCUGACAGGGAGAAAAGUCUGGGAGUCUCUGGAGUUGGGGUUUCGGUUCCGGCUCGCUAACACCCCUCCCGAUACUAGCAAGCCCUCCCGUUUCCCGGCUUCUCCGGGCAUGAGUCGCAGUGGUGACCUGCCUGGCCGCAGUAUAGACAACAUCCCUGGCGCAGACACCUCUGCCUCUCCAUCCUGGACGAGAUUCUGGAAUGGCGCCUGAGAGCGUUUUCCACCACCUUCAGCAAAACACCUAAUUAUGGAAAAUCUCAUGGUAGAAUGGUGUUCCAUCCCUCCAAUAGAGUUCCAGACACUUUUAAGUCUAUGCCAAGGUGCAUUGAAGCUGUUCUGGCUCAUGGUGGCCCAACGCCCUAUUAUGACAUUUUAUGUUGGUGUUUCCUUUAUUUUGGCAGUUACAGUUGAAGUCGGAAAGUUACAUACACUUAGGUUGGAGACAUUAAAACUUAUUUUUCAACCACUCCACAAAUUUCUUGUUAACAAACUUUAGUUUUGGCAAGUCGGUUCUACUUUGUGCAUGACACAAGUAAUUUUUCCAACAGUUGUUUAGACAGACAGAUUAUUUCACUUAUAAUUCACUGUAUCACAAUUCCAGUGGGUCAGAAGUUUCAGAAAAUGAUGUAAUGGCUGUAGAAGCUUCUGAUAGGCUAAUUGACAUAAUUUGAGUCAAUUGCAGGUGUACCUGUGGAUGUAUUUCAAGGCCUACCUUCAAACUCAGUGCCUCUUUGCUUGACAUCAUGGGAAAAUCUAAAUAAAUCAGCCAAGACCUCAGAAAACAAAUUGUAGACCUCCACAUGUCUGGUUCAUCCUUGGGAGCAAUUUCCAAACGCCUGAUGGUACCACGUUCAUCUUUACAAACAAUAGUACGCAAGUAUAAACACCAUGGGACCCUGCAGCCGUCAUCCCGCUCAGGAAGGAGACGCGUUCUGUCUCCUAGAGAUGAACGUACUUUGGUGAGAAAAGUGCAAAUCAAUCCCAGAACACCAGCAAAGGACCUUGUGAAGAUGCUGGAGGAAACAGAUACAAAAGUACCUAUAUACACAGUAAAACAAGUCCUAUAUCGACGUAACCUGAAAGGCUGCUCAGCAAGGAAGAAGCCACUGCUCCAAAACCGCCAUAAAAAAGCCAGACUACGGUUUGCAACUGCACAUGGGGACAAAGAUCGUACUUUUUGGAGAAAUGUCCUCUGGUCUGAUGAAACAAAAAUAGAACUGUUUGGCCAUAAUGACCAUCGUUAUGUUUGUAGAAAAAAGGGGGUAGCUUGCAAGCUGAAGAACACCAUCCCAACGGUGAAGCACAGGGGUGGCAGCAUCAUGCUGUGUGGGUGCUUUGCUGCAAAAGGGACUGGUGCACUUCACAAAAUAGAUGGCAUCAUGAGGAAGGAAAAUUAUGUGGAUAUAUUGAAGCAACAUCUCAAGACAUCAGUCAGGAAGUUAAAGCUUGGUCGCAAAUGGGUCUUCCAAAUGGACAAUGACCCCAAGUAUACUUCCAAAGUUGUGGCAAAAUGGCUUAAGGACAACAAAGUCAAGGUAUUGGAGUGGCCAUCACAAAGCCCUGACCUCAAUCCUAUAGAACAUUUGUGGGCAGAACUGAAAAAGUGUGUGCAAGCAAGGAGGCCUACAAACCUGACUCAGUUACACCAGCUCUGUCUGGAGGAAUGGGCCAAAAUUCACCCAACAUAUUGUGGGAAGCUUGUGGAAGGCUACCCGAAACGUUUGACCCAAGUUAAACAAUUUAAAGGCAAUGCUACCAAAUACUAUUUGAGUGCAUGUAAACUUCUGACCCACUGGGAAUGUGAUGAAAGAAAUAAAAGCUGAAAUAAAAAAUGAUCUCUGCUAUUAUUCUGACAUUUCACUUUUUUAAAAUAAAGUGGUGAUCCUAACUGACCUAAGACAGGGAAUUUUAUUGGGAUUAAAUGUCAGGAAUUCUGAAAAACUGAGUUUAAAUGUUUUUGGCUAAGGUGUAUGUAAACUUCCGACUUCAACUUCACAUUGACACGAACACACCCACACACACAAACGUGCACUUGCAUGUGCACGCACACAUUCACACACUUCCCAGGAAUCUAUCAGGGACCAGUAGAAAGGCAGUAUUUUCCCUCCUGGAUAAAAUUCUCAGAUUUGCAUCUAGGCCAAGGCUGCACCACUGACAGUAUUCUCUAUGGAAUGAUAGGAGAGCUUCCUGUGAGUAUAGAAUAGAAAUGAAGGUGAAAUCUGCCAUUAGUAGAAUGGGUAACGUUAUUGUUUCCCUCAAGCUUGGUUUAUGUGUAUCUUUAUGUGUGUUCAUUUAUGCAUUAGCAUGCAGUGUAUGUUUUAGAUCAAGUGUUCAAUCUAACACCUCAGCAAUCCUUUAUUAUUUUAAUCAGAGAAGAGACUGCGGGGCAGAUUUAUCUAACAAGCUGUUACUCUGCUGUUUUCUACCGCACAUGUGAUUCUGGGACUUUACAAGGCUGCAUUUUGCUUCCACUUUGUUUCACCCAUUCCCCUCAAGGUCUCCUGUGUGUACGGUAAACAGAUGCCCCUAAGCCCUCAGCAGAUGUGCUGUUUUAGGGUUGAGUUUAGACUAAGGGCCCAUAUCCAAAUACAGUGCAAGUUUAGCCUUUCUGCACUUGUACCCAGGGAAUGUGAAUCUAUGAUGUUUCGUUUUAUGGGCAGAUGUUGUGUUCGACCAAUCUGCUUCUGCCUUAUCUCCUCCUUAUAGAUUUACACACAGCCCUUCCCAUAGCAAACCACAUAUAGUGGGGGAAAUAAGUAUUUAGUCAGCCACCAAUUGUGCAAGUUCUCCCACUUAAAAAGAUGAGAGAGGCCUGUAAUUUUCAUCAUAGGUACACGUCAACUAUGACAGACAAAAUGAGAAAAAAAUUCCAGAAAAUCACAUUGUAGGAUUUUUAAUGAAUUUAUUUGCAAAUUAUGGUGGAAAAUAAGUAUUUGGUCACCUACAAACAAGCAAGAUUUCUGGCUCUCACAGUCCUGUAACUUCUUCUUUAAGAGGCUCCUCUGUCCUCCACUCGUUACCUGUAUUAAUGGCACCUGUUUGAACUUGUUAUCAGUAUAAAAUACACCUGUCCACAACCUCAAACAGUCACACUCCAAACUCCACUAUGGCCAAGACCAAAGAGCUGUCAAAGGACACAAGAAACAAAAUUGUAGACCUGCACCAGGCUGGGAAGACUGAAUCUGCAAUAGGUAAGCAGCUUGGUUUGAAGAAAUCAACUGUGGGAGCAAUUAUUAGGAAAUGGAAGACAUACAAGACCACUGAUAAUCUCCCUCGAUCUGGGGCUCCACGCAAGAUCUCACCCCGUGGGGUCAAAAUGAUCACAUGAACGGUGAGCAAAAAUCCCAGAACCACACGGGGGGACCUAGUGAAUGACCUGCAGAGAGCUGGGACCAAAGUAACAAAGCCUACCAUCAGUAACACACUACGCCGCCAGGGACUCAAAUCCUGCAGUGCAAGAUGUGUCCCCCUGCUUAAGCCAGUACAUGUCCAGCCCGUCUGAAGUUUGCUAGAGUGCAUUUGGAUGAUCCAGAAGAGGAUUGGGAGAAUGUCAUAUGGUCAGAUGAAACCAAAAUAGAACUUUUUGGUAAAAACGCAACUCGUCGUGUUUGGAGGACAAAGAAUGCUGAGUUGCAUCCAAAGAACACCAUACCUACUGUGAAGCAUGGGGGUGGAAACAUCAUGCUUUGGGGCUGUUUUUCUGCAAAGGGACCAGGACGACUGAUCCGUGUAAAGGAAAGAAUGAAUGGGGCCAUGUAUCGUGAGAUUUUGAGUGAAAACCUCCUUCCAUCAGCAAGGGCAUUGAAGAUUAAACGUGGCUGGGUCUUUCAGCAUGACAAUGAUCCCAAACACACCGCCCGGGCAACGAAGGAGUGGCUUCGUAAGAAGCAUUUCAAGGUCCUGGAGUGGCCUAGCCAGUCUCCAGAUCUCAACCCCAUAGAAAAUCUUUGGAGGGAGUUGAAAGUCUGUGUUGCCCAGCGACAGCCCCAAAACAUCACUGCUCUAGAGGAGAUCUGCAUGGAGGAAUGGGCCAAAAUACCAGCAACAGUGUGUGAAAACCUAGUGAAGACUGUGAAAACGUUUGACCUGUGUCAUUGCCAACAAAGGGUAUAUAACAAAGUAUUGAGAAACUUUUGUUAUUGACCAAAUACUUAUUUUCCACCAUAUUUGCAAAUAAAUUCAUAAAAAAUCCUACAAUGUGAUAUUCUGGAUUUUUUCCCCUAAUUUUUCUGUCAUAGUUGACGUGUACCUAUGAUGAAAAUUACAGGCCUCUCUCAUCUUUUUAAGUGGGAGAACUUGAACAAUUGGUGGCUGACUAAAUUAUUUUUCCCCCACUGUAACUACAACCAUGGUUUCAUGGGGGAUCCUUUAAUGUAUCACACAGAUUAAUAAUGAAUAGUGUCUUGAACUACAUUGUUAUACCUGGUUGUUAGAAAGAUAUGGACAUAUAAAAUGGGCCCUGUGUAGCUCAGUUGGUAGAGCAUGGCGCUUGCAACGCCAGGGUUGUGGGUUCGAUUCCCAUGGGGGGCCAGUAUGAACAAAACAAAAAAACAAUGUAUGCACUCACUAACUGUAAGUCGCUCUGGAUAAGAGCGUCUGCUAAAUGACUAAAAUGUAAUAAAAGUUAUUCUAGAACUCAAGAGCUAUGUGACCAUCUUUCUUCCAUCCCCUACAGGUCCUGGGAUGAGUUUCAUAACUGUGCAAACGUGGCGAUGGCGGGCUGUCCUGAUGAGGCUGCUGCAGUCUGGGAGUCUCUGCGACAGGAGUCCAAAAAGAUGCAGUUUUCUGGUAACCUGUAUGACAUGUGCUCCAGUCGUAACCAACCAGCUGCCACCGCUGAUGCCCUGAGCCCACCCAACCAGGAAGAGAUUAACCAGGAGUCUCUAAAAGCACACACCCAUCGUCCAGGUCCCGCCUCUUUCUGGUUGCUCCCCUUA